UUAACGGUAGYAUCAAGUGAAGAAUGCCGAUUUUUGAAUGAAAAACUUAGAUGCACAGAUUUAACGCAUAUUUCAAAGUUUGCUGACCGAUAUCUUUCUGCAGCACUGGUAGAUCUGAGUAAGAAUUCAAUAAACCUUGUCCCGUCGGCAAGUUUCAAAGACUUUGUAAACUUACAAUACGUCAAUCUUUCUAGGAAUGCRCUCAGUCGAAUAGAGCAAGGAACCUUCAGGCACAGCAAAUAUGAAUGGAUUGAUUUAUCGCACAACAAGCUGACURCUCUUAGUAGAGAAGYGCUUCCAGUUGACCAAGAUUUUCUUGAAAAUUCUUUAAAUUUGUACCUACACGACAACCCCUGGGACUGCACAUGCGCAAUCAAAUGGAUGGUUGAUUUCAUCAAAGAUUCUCUCAUUAGACCCAGGCUUUCUCAACCAAAAUGCUUCACGCCAAGGAGUCUCAAGGGAGUAAAACUUGUGACACUAGAAGACGAGCAAUAUUGUGUCAUUCAAGAAUGCCUGGAAUGUGAUGACGUAGCACGAUGUACCCUCAAUGGAAACAAGUAUCAAUGUGUCUGUAAAUCGUCUUACACUGGAAAUGGGAAAUUCUGUACUGACGUCAAUGAGUGCGUUAACCCUGGCGUCUGCAAAGCCAACGAGAUUUGUGAAAACUUCUCUGGUGGUUACAAGUGUACCUGCGCAGUUGGAUUCGAACGUAAAAAUGGCCGAUGCCAAGACGUGAAUGAAUGCGAAUCGCCACCGAAAGGCUGUGGAGCGGGACAAGGAGUCUGUAGCAAUACAGCAGGCAGCUACAAAUGUGUUUGUCAUCAGGGACUUCACUACGUGAAAGGGCAUGGUUGCAUAGAUGUCAAUGAGUGCGAAAAAGAGGUUAAUCCAUGUAAACACAUCCCCCACAGCACUUGUGUUAACACUGCAGUUUUGGACAUCAUUGAUCAAGGAUAUACAUGUCAAUGUGACGAUGGCUAUGUGAUGUCGGGAGAGGCCUGCGUACAAAUAGAUGACGGCACCAAGAGUGYCAUGAUGUUAGUCGCGGGGUUUGGUGGUCUGGUGUUCGUUUUUGUCGUUGUAAUCAUCGUUACUAUACUAUGCAUGCGAAUGAGGAAACCCAAACAAGAAACCAAGGAAGAGUUUAYGAUGGCACCUGUUACCAUGGCGACUCCAAUGGAGUUUGCUUUCAUGGAAAUGCCACAACAAGAUGCUGAAGAUGUUGAAAACGAGGAAUGGCGGGACUCGGACUCGGAUGAGUUUUAGACAAAAUGGUCAUGAAUGACUUUUUUCUGGCAAAAAUGGUGAAACAAAUUUUUCAAACAUUUUUUUUUUAUUAUUCAUGUAACAAACAGCAUUAUGAUUGUCAAUUUUAAACGGCGAUUGACUUUUUGUGCAUUUGUAUAAAACAGCGUGGAAAACAUUAAAAAAUGAAACGAUAA